AUGGGGGUGUUUAGGACAAAAGUUGACGAGGCGAAACAGUGUAAAGCUCAACUGCAGCAAGCAAUUGCUAAUUGUGAAGCAGAGUUUGUAGACAUAUGUGCUAUCCUGGGUGAGAAACCACUACAUUUUGAUCAUAAGAUCAGUGGAAGUUUGAAGAAAGAGCUUGAAAUCAUUAUCCCACAAUUGGAGGUCAUGAAGAAGCGGAAAAUUGAAAGGAAGGACCAAUUGUUUUCUGUCUUGGAUCAGUUACAGAGUCUUUCGACGGAAAUAAGCAGGUCCUUGGAAGAUAAUCUGUACAAAAUGGUGGUGGAAGAGACUGACUUGUCCUUGAAAAGGCUAGAAGAACUACAUAGGCAAUUGCUUGAAUAUCAAGAUGAGAAGCUUCAAACUUUCGCAAGUGCCCUCUUGGAGAUGUGGAAUCUGAUGGGUACAACUAUGGAGGAGCAAAAGAAAUAUCAGAAUGUAACUAGUCGCAUAGCUACUUCAAAAUAUGAAAUCACUGAGACUAACAUUCUUUCUAUAGACCUUCUAAAUGAUGUUGAAGCUGAAGUGUCAAAGUUGGAGCAGCUCAAGUCAAUUAAGCUCAAAGAGAUCCUUCUGAAAAAGAAGUUGGAACUGGAGGAGGUUGUGUAUAUCACUACGGAAACUAAUAGCAAUGCUGUGGUAGCUUUAAGAUACGAGAGAGCUUCAUUGAAUGGUGGAAACAUUGACUUCAAAAGCCACAGCUUGGGAAAAAGAAAGAGGGCUAGAAUUCUUGGCACCAGUGAAUGA